AUGAGGAAGUUGAAGUAUCAUGAGCAGCGGCUGCUGCGGAAAGUGAAUUUCCUUCAAUGGAAGACCGAGAACAACGAUCGAGAGCUGGAGGUCAUGCGAAGAUACCACAUCACCGAACGAGACGAUUACUCCAAGUACAACCGGCUGUGUGGUAAAAUCACAAAGCUGACAACGCUGCUCAAGAAACUGGAUCCCUCUGACGCCUUCCGGAUCGAAAUGACCGACCAGCUGCUUAAUAAACUCUACAACAUGGGAGUCAUUCCCACAACGAAAAGCCUCAACCUGUGCGAUAAGCUCUCUGUCUCCUCGUUUUGCAGACGAAGGCUAGCAGUGGUGAUGGUGCGACUCAAGAUGGCGGAACACAUGAGAGAAGCAGUUUCGUUCGUGCAGCAGGGGCAUGUGCGCAUUGGUCCGGAAGCUGUGAGGGACCCAGCGUUUCUGGUGACGAGAGCAAUGGAGGACAUGCUGACAUGGGUGGACACAAGCAAGAUCAAGCACAAGGUUCUACAGUACAACGAUAAGGUUGACGACUAUGAUUUACUCAAUUAG